AAAAUAUUAGUUUCGAAAACCCUUCUAAAUGGUUCAAAUAGUUGUGGACGGAAUAAAAGAAGCUUUCGCUUAACAGGCUUCCGUGUCUAGUAGCAGGGGAUCACAAAAACCUCCAGGCAGGAGCCUAGGUAUGCUAACAAUAAAAGAGGAAAAGAAAUUAGUAAAUCAUAAUGUGAUACUAUCCUUAGUCUAAAGGAACACGGAUGCGAAAUAGCCUAUAGCAAAGCGUUAAAAAUCCUUGUUUAUGAGAACAAAACCUUUUAUGCCAAUUUAUAUCUCAAUCUUUAGUUUGUUGUUAUAAAUAACUCAGUGCUACCAAGCGCCCUAUCCAACGGUAGUUCCUUAGUCAUCAUCCUGCCAUAUCUUGUAUGACACAAUCCCCACUGCUACUGACGUGCCACUAACAAAUCUUAUUCGCACUGCUAUAGAAAUUCAAUUUGUUCAUCACACUGAUAUAAAUAUAAUGGAGGAAAAUGACCAGUCGCAGAAUAUACCUUUAUUAUGCCGUAAAGGAUGUGGAUUUUAUGGAAGUCCUAAUUUUGAUGGAUUUUGCUCCAAGUGUCAUCGCAGUAUGCAGGUCCAGGCGGAAAAUGUACAAGCAGUCUCUCGCGUGACUUCUGACUUCGAAGAUAAGCUGUCUCCUGAAAGGAGUGUAAAGAUUACAGCCUCUUCAGCAUCCACGUCCUCUUCUGGACCAGCAACGAAAACCAGACCACGCUGUGCUGUAUGUCACAAACGUGUGGGUUUAACAGGUUUCAGUUGUCGCUGUGGUGGCCUAUACUGUAGCAUUCAUCGCUACUCUGAUGCACACAAUUGUUCCUAUGAUUACCGCGAGUCAGGUCAAGAAGAAAUUCGUCGUUCUAAUCCUCAAAUAGUUUGUCAGAAAGUUCAAAAAAUUUAAUGUUCUCAAUAUUCCCCUUUUGUAAAAACUGAUGAUCAGGAAUCUUGCUCCGAUGAUUGUUUUUACUUUACACCUGGUUUCAUUUGUGGCUAGAGACUAUAUUUCGUGUUGGUUCCAAAGUUUAAUCUAUUGUGUAUACCGUCGUUAAAAUUUCAGCUUACCACAUCACCAGUUUAUCCAGCAGUAUUUGUUAUGCUCUCUUUUGAUGAAAUUCAUCGCCGUCAGUUAUACAAGAAUGGACAAUCAUUUUUGUAUGGAUGGAUUAUACUGCCAUUGAUUUCGCUUAAAAAUGUCAGAAAAGUGAUGAUUACUGCAUAUAUUUCCCUUACUGGACUAUAAUGUAUUCUAGUGGUCCUUUAAAUUUUGUGUGAUGUUUGAAAUUCAUUAAAUUCAGUCAACAUAUACUUUAUUCUUUCGUUUACAAUUGAGUGUGUAUUUUAGGCUGUUCAUUCUUUAAGCAGCUACCACUUAACUCAUUUUGAUAAAUGUAUGAAGUUUAAAUACAACUCUUGUGAGUGUGUUUAUGAUCGCAUAUGUCAGUGCUUUUACACUACUGUCUUUUCAGGUUCAUGGCAGCGUAAACUAUUUCAUCCUUUUGCGGCUUGCAUGAAUCUUCUAUCUAAUUAUACCGGCACAUUUUUGCUGGUUUGUACACAUAAAAUCCCCUAUCAGUUUUAUUAUGCUCAACUCGGCUGUGUUCUUUCACCCAUUUUGUAGUAUUGUGUAGGUUACCGUUAGUGUAUCACUACUUUUGUGUGUGACAUUUUGCAGGUUCAUUAUUUUGUCUUGGCCUUUUUUAGGCGAUGCGAAGGACACGUAUUAAACUGUUCUUGAUUACUAGUUUACUGAUCAUUGUCAUAAAUGUCAUAAGCUCUAUUCACUUUGUAUGCUUUACAUAUUGGGUUCUAUUCGUUUUCCUACCAUUUCUCAAAGCUAUAUUGUCUUGUAAUUUUCUUCUAUCCUAUUUAGCUAGCGUAUUUGGUUUUAGUCUGCUUAUUGCACAAAUAUAUUUUAACGAGCCCA